AUGAGGGUUAAUAGACUUAAGAAGGCCUGGUACAUUAUUUCUGUAUGUUUCUUGGGAGUUCUUUGUCAGUCAGUGGAAUUUCCAAUUAUUAAUGCCUAUUUAGCAUCAUCAUUUAAGGCACCAUCAUUUGUAAAUAUAUAUCUAGAGACGGUUUCAACGUAUGGAGAGUUGUACUUUUUUGAAUUGCUUGAUGCAAUAUCAAAAACAGGGAAUAAUAGAUUAGCAGAGCUAAAUGAGGAGAAUUAUAAGUAUUUACAUAAGAUAGUCUAUGAUAGUGGUAUUAUUAAGGACAAUAUUACACUAUCAAUGUUGGAUUAUGAGCUAGGACUUCAUUUACUAGCACCCAGGAUUGAGACAUAUUAUCAUUACUAUAAUUAUACAGUGAUUCCAGAGAUGAAGAAUAAAAAAUUUAUGUAUGAGUGUAAAAAUUGGAUUUUAUUUAAUGGGAAACAAUAUUGUGAUGUGGAGGAAUUUUUAAGGGCAAAGGAAUGUAUAUAUGAAGAGAGAGAAUCUGUUAUAUUAUUGCCAUUUGAUCAUAUUUUUGAUAUAUAUAAAGAUUAUGAUGCGCCAGUGGCAAUUUUGUAUGCUGAUUUGAGUUCUGAUGAUUAUAAGACAUAUCAUUCAUGUUUAUAUGAAGAAGCUAAGAAGGGGAAUUUAAAGUAUGUUUUUCGUUACAAACCAGAGAAUUAUAGUUCAGAUAUAUUGUAUUUAAAUGGAUAUGGUGUUCAAAUUUCUUUAAAAAAGACGGAUUAUUUAGUUAUUGAUGAUAGAAAUAUAGUAGAUGAAAUUGGAGGGAAUCAUACUCUAAGUAUUGAUUCUGAUGAUUUUUUAUCAAAUAUUCAAAAUGAUGAAAUUAAGCCUUUAACAAAUGCAGAAUUAAAAAGAUUGGGAAUUUCAAUUGUUCAAUUUGUUACUCAGAGUAAAACACCAUUAGAAACUCUUAAUUUUGUCCUUCAAGACUUGCCAAAGUAUGCAUCAUAUUUAUCAUCUAUAGAGGUUACUAGGAAUUUAAGUGAAAUGUUGAAAAUGAAUUAUGAAUAUAUUAAUCCAGGAAUGAUGUUAUUUACUAUCAAUGGCCGUGAAAUUAAUCCUGCUAAGAUAAAUGGGUUUUCUUUGUCAAGAUAUUUAAGAAAUGACUAUGAUUUAGUUAUAUCUUUGAAAAAAUUGGGAUUAUCUGCUAAAGAAGCAAGAUUUUUUGUUGAUGAGUCUAUUUUUAACAUAUUUAAUAAGUUUUUUGAUAAUAGGUUUGAUUUCAGGGAUAAACAUGAAAAUUCAAUGGCAAUUAUAUGGUUAAAUAAUUUAGAAAAAGACUCUAGUUAUUUACAUUUUUCUAAUGAUAUUUACCAAUAUUUAAAUGAUCUUCCUUCUCAGCAAUUGCAUAUGGUACGACGUAAUUUACAUCAUAUAAUCAUGUUUUUGGAUCUUUCCGGAAGAAUUGAUUUUAUGUUUUUAAGAAUCAUUUUUUCACUAUUACAUCGUUCUUUUCCUAUAAGAAUUGGGGUUGUUCCUAUAUGGAAUGAUUCAGAAGUUAUGUUUUUUUUUGAAAUUAUAUAUCAUAUUGAUUUUAAUAGAUAUAUUUAUCGAACUCGUAAUGAUAGGAAUAUUUUAUAUAAAAAUUUUAAGAUUAUAGCAUCUAAGUAUUCUUUUUCUAAAAAUAUGGGAUAUAUGAGCAUUGAUGAGAUUAUGAAAUCUAAAAAACUAAAUAAAUAUGUUUUGAAGACAAAAGAAUGGGCUAUGCGACUUAAUAUAAAAAAUGAUAAUUAUAUACUUGUAAAUGGAAAAUUUAUAGAGAAAAAGAAUUGGCAACAUUCUAUAUUAUACGUUUUUCCAAAUGAUGUUAAUAUUAUAAGAAAAAAAAUAAUUAAGAAUUCUCCCGGUAAUGAUGUAGAUAUUCUUGAUUAUCUUUUGGAAGAUGCAAUUUUUAUACGCAAAUUUUAUAUGCAACCUACAAAUAAACUAAUUAAGUUUCAAAAGUUCACUAAUUUUAUCCAAAACCAGGAGAAUAUGGAAUUUUCUUCUAUCAAUGAGAAUUUAGAUACUGAACAAAGUAUCUGGUUAAUUGCUGAUUUUGAUACAAAAAAGGGCAUUAAAUAUUUAAAAUCUGCUUUAAAAUAUAUAACAAAAUAUCCUCAUACUAGUUUAAGGUUUUUGCAUAAUCCUCAACUUGAUGAUAAGGAAAGAUCAAAUAAUAUUUCAUCAUUCCUUUACCUUUUGAAAGAAAGAGAAAUUGAUGUUGCUCAACCUACAUUGAACUAUAUUCGAAAGAUUUUUAAUAAUUAUGGUUCUGCUGGUAUUGAUAAGAAUAUAGAGUAUCCAGAUUUUAUUUUAAACAAUUAUAAUUCCAGCCAAUUGGAAUUGAACUCUAUGAAAGCUAAGUUAUAUUGGAAAGAAAUAGGAAAUUCAUUGAAUAAGCUUGGGUUUAUGCCUGGUGAAUUUGGAUUAUUGAUAAAUGGUUAUAGUGUUGGUCCAAUUCCAGAAUCUGAUGAUUUCUUGCUUGAUGAUUUUGAAUCCUUGGGUAAUUUUUGCAAUUUAUCAAUGGUUUCUAAAUUAAAAGUCAUUGUUAAUGAAUUAAGUAUUAAAAAUUCAAAAAAACUUAAAAUAUUUUUCCCUUUAUUCUCAUCAGUAAUACUAUCAUAUAUGGUACUUGAAAAACAUGACGAUUUUGACAAUUCUUCCCCAAAUAAAAGAUAUAAUUUACAAGAUUUCUUCAAAAAAUUAACUCCAUCUUUUGCUUAUGGAGAUGAAAAUGAUUGUUUAUUUAAUGUUAAGGUUAUAUUGGAUCCUUUAAAUGAAAUAUCUCAGAAACUUGUAUCUAUUUUAAAAGCUUUGAAACAAUUGGAAAGUGUAUGUCUAAAAGUGUAUUUAAAUCCAUUAAAAGAGAUACAUGACUUGUCUAUUAAUCGUUUUUAUCGUUAUGUUCUACAUUCUUCAUUGAAAUUUGAUAGCAAUGGUAAUUUGAUUUACCCUAAUGCAGUUUUUGAAAAGUUGCCUAUGUCACAUUUGUAUACUGUUGAUUACGACUUUCUUGAAUCAUGGAUUGUUACUCAAAAAGAAUCUAUUUAUGAUUUAGAUAAUCUUUUAAUACAAGAUUUAUCAUCAAAGAAAAUUUCAGAAGUUAGAAUUGCUUAUGAACUUAAACAUAUACUUAUACAAGGACGUGCAGAGGAUAUUACUUUAAAGAAUGUGCCUGCUGGCAUUCAAUUGGCUCUUAAAACCAAAAAUAAUAAUUUUGUUAGUGAUACAAUAGUCAUGAAUAAUUAUGGUUAUUUCCAGUUUAAAGCUAAUCCUGGUGUUUUUAAAAUGGAUAUAAUGAAAUCUCAUAGUAAUAUUUUUGAAAUUUCAAAAAUUUCUGGGGAAUUUGAAUCUAAUAAUGAUCAAUUCUCUAAGCAAAUUAUAUUAGACAGCUUUGAAGGGUUGACAAUAUAUCCUAAACUUGUUAGAAAUCCUGAAAAAGAGAACGCUUCGAUUUUUGGAAUGAAUGAUUCAGAUAGUGAUGGUUUCACAUCUGGUACAGUUUUGAACUCUACACACUCUCAACAAACUGAUGAAUUUAAAUCUAAUUCUUCUAUGCAAAGAUCUCAUGCAGAAAUUAAUAUUUUUUCUAUAGCAAGUGGUCAUUUAUAUGAAAGAUUUUUAUAUAUUAUGACUUUAAGCGUCCUUAAACAUACAAAACAUACUGUUAAAUUUUGGUUCAUUGAGAAUUUUUUGUCAUCUUCUUUUAAGAAUUUUCUACCUCAUGUUGCAAAUGAAUUUGGGUUUGAAUAUGAACUUAUUACAUACCGUUGGCCCCAUUGGUUACGGCCUCAGAAGGAAAAGCAGAGACAAAUUUGGGGAUAUAAAAUUCUUUUUUUAGAUGUUUUAUUUCCUUUGGAUCUGGAUAAUAUUAUAUUUAUUGAUGCUGAUCAGAUUGUUAGAACUGAUUUAAAAGAGCUUGUAGACAUGGAUUUGAAGGGUGCACCAUAUGGGUAUACACCAAUGUGUGACUCUAGAAAGGAAAUGGAAGGCUAUAGAUUUUGGAAAAAUGGUUAUUGGAAAUCAUAUCUUAAUGGGAAACCUUAUCAUAUAAGUGCUCUAUAUGUAGUAGAUCUUAAGAGAUUUAGAGAAAUUGCUGCAGGAGAUUUAUUAAGACAUCAUUACCAAAGUCUUAGUGAAGAUCCUGAAUCAUUAGCUAAUCUUGAUCAAGAUUUACCAAAUAAUUUGCAACAUUUAGUUCCAAUUUUUUCUUUACCUCAAAAUUGGCUCUGGUGCGAAACAUGGUGUUCAGAUGAAACCUUAAAAGAUGCAAAAACAAUAGAUCUGUGUAAUAAUCCAAUGACAAAAGAAUCAAAAUUAAAGCGUGCUCGUCGUCAAAUUCCUGAAUGGAAUAAAUAUGAUAAAAUAAUAGCUGAUUUAAUUGCACGCAUUCUAGAACAAAAGAAAGCCAAUGAAUCAAGUGAAUAUGUUGUAGAUAAUAUUGCAAUAUCUGUUGAUAUGAUGCAAAAUAUACAAUUUAAUUUUGACGAUAAAAAUAAAAAAAAGGAUACUCAUGAUGAAUUGUAA